CCGGUAGACGUCGCUACGGUUGCUCGAAAAUUUCCUAUCGCUGUGUAUAUUGUAUUCGCGUGCCAAUGUGUGUGUUGCAUUUUUAAAUAGUGUACCUAAAUAAUUUUAUCGUGUAUGCGACUGACGUAUGCUGUUAAUUCAUUUAUUUAAACAUAACUCGUGUAGUCGCAUGUUGAUACUGACGUGCAUACUUUCAUCCAUUUGUGCUAUUGCUAUGAAAAUUGCGUGUGCUCUUUUUCCGAGAGUCACGAUAUGAAUGGUGCGUGUGGUAAACUGACAAUGACAUUAGUAAUCUGUGAUGUAAGCGCGCGGGAAAUUUGAGUUACUUUCUGAAGAAUGUUGACAUUCAGAUAUAUUUUUUUGCAUAGAGUGCAAUAGAUUCUUACGAGUUGUGAUGUUCAGUGAAAGUUGUCGGAACUAGUGGACUUGUUGACAUUGUCGUACCGUGCAUACGUUGACGCCCUUGUAUCAUUGGCAAUACAUCAUAUAUGCGAAGAAUUCAUAUACUUCUUCCGUAAUAGGCUUAUUUAAUGAAAUAAAUAAAUUAUUUUACAGAUUAACAAGAUGUCGUUCACAAUGAAAGAAGGGGGUUUUGGGGUGGGUGACUAUGUGGCGUUCGGUGUGCUGUGCGCGUCAUCUUGUGCCGGUGGGGUGUGGUAUAGUGCUGUAGGAUCCAGAAGCAAAGCUGUGGUAGAUAUUAAGGAUUACCUACUUGGAGGAAAGGCGAUGUCGACUUUUCCUGUUGCUAUGUCAUUAAUUGCCAGCUAUGUCUCCGGCGUCACAAUCCUCGGUACGCCGGCAGAAGUCUACAACUACGGUACACAAUACUGGCUGGUGAUCGUGGGAGUCACCCUUAGCUGUGUCGUGGUGGCGACCGUGUAUUUACCUGUGUUUUGCACGCUCAGACUAUCGUCUUCGUAUGAAUAUUUAGAACUACGGUUCAAUCGCCAUGUUCGAGCGGUAGCAUCAAUUCUCUUUCUCUUGGACGAGGUAUUGUUCCUGCCUAUGGUUGUUUAUGUUCCUGCACUAGCAUUUAAUCAAUUAACGGGUUUUAAUGUUUUUGCCGUCGGUGGUGCGAUGGUUGUAAUAUGCGGCCUUUAUACAGUAUUAGGUGGUCUGCGAGCGGUUGUGUGGACAGACUCCGUGCAGACGGGCGUGAUGUUCAUCGGCGUGGUUCUGGUGGCGGCGGCCGGCACCCUCGCUGUCGGUGGCUUUGGUGACGUGCUCAGUAUAGCUAAAGAAUCUGGAAGACUUGAUUUAUCAAACUGGAGUUUUUCUCCAUACGAGCGUCAAACAGGGUGGGGUGCAGUAGUUGGUGGUUUUCUAUAUUGGACUUGCUUCAAUUCCGUCAACCAGACUAUGGUGCAGCGAUAUAUAGCUCUUCCGAGCAAACGGAAAGCCAUAACCGCGCUGGCUAUAUUCUGCGUGGGCGCGAUCCUGGCGAUAACGCUGUGCGUGUGGUGCGGGCUGGCGGCGUGGGGCGCGUGGGUGCGCGGCGGCUGCGCGGCGGCGGGCGCGCCGCUCGUGGACGACCGCCUGCUGCCCGCCUUCGUCACGUACGUGGCCGACGUGCAGCACCUGCCCGGACUCUCGGGCGUCUUCCUCGCCGGUGUCUUCGGGGCUGGCCUGAGUUCCCUGUCGGCGGUGCUGAACGCGUGCGCGCUGGUGGCGGUGGAGGACAUCCUGCACGGCUGGCUGCGCCUGCGCCUGCGGCCGCUGGCCGAGGGCAUCCUCGCGCGCUCCGUCACCGCCGCGCUCGCCGCGCUCUCCAUAGUCAUGCUCGUCGUUAUAGAGAAGCUUGGCGGGGUACUCGGCGUGGCGACGGCGCUGUCGGCGAUCGCGGCGAGCGCGACGUGCGGCAUGUUCACGCUGGGCAUGUCGUGCUGGUGGGUGGGCCCGCGCGGCGCCGUGUGGGGCGCGGGCGCGGGCGCGGCGCUGGCGGGCACCGUGUCGCUGGGCGCGCAGGCCGCCGCCGCCGCCGGCCUGCGCGCGCCCCCGCUCGCCGUCUCCGCCGCCUGCGCGCUCAACGCCACCUUCGCGUCGCAGCACGACGAGCUGGAUCCUGAAACAAUAUUUCCUCUGUUCCGUUUGUCGUAUCACUGGAUCGCGCCACUCGGCCUCCUCGCGACCCUCACCGUGGGUUCCAUUGUCGGCUGGUUCUUCGACAAACGGGACGAUUCUAAGAUGGACGCGGAACUUUUCACACCUAUCGUCUGGAGAUUCUUACCGAGAGAAGCACACGAGAAUUCAGGAUUAACGAGACGAGCUCUGAAUGCGAAGAAUGUGGAUUCACCGACACCGUCCGUCCCGCUUAUUCUCGGCCAGGUUUCAGAUAAAAUUGAAAUGAACGGAGAGACCAGUAGAUGAUGUGAAGAUUUAGAUUCACGAUUUUUUGACGAUCGAUUAUUUUAUAAGUGUAUUAAAGUUCGUUUAGAAUUUUUAAUAUUUCACAAAAAAACAUAAUAGUUUUUAUGUCAAAGGUAAGUCGGUAAGGUAUGUUAAUGUAUACACAAUCAGUAUCACUAUAUGUACUUAAUAUAUUAGAAGUAAAUUAGUAUACAAACUGUAGAAUACUUAUUUAUAGUAUGAUAUAUAUUUAUUUAGUAUAAGUUAAAGUAGUAGAACGAAUAAGUAGAAUCAUUCCUGUAAGAAUAUUUCAAUCAAAUUUGUACAAAAUGUAUCGUGGAAAAAUUAUGAAGGGGGGAUGGGGGGUUAUAUAACAUAAAUAGGUUCAUGUUGAACAUACUUGCAUAUCGCCAGAAUAGAGGAAGAAACGCUAAAGACUUAAAGUAGUACCUUUGGCUCUUUAACCUUUUUGUAACAAAAUUGUAAAUCAUCCUGGUUGUGACAUCAUCCGCUUAAUGGCCCAGUGGUUAGAAAGUAAAUCUUUGCCGAAUGACGCGGGUUCAAAUGUGGAUACAACGGGAUCUCGGGAAAUGAAAAGAUUCGCAAACGGAUGAAAAUACAUCAACCUACAUGAUACAGAGUGGUUGAAUUAGUUCUGAAUUUUAUCAAAUAGAUGGAACAGCUGUGGGA